AUGUGGGCUCCCGACGAGCACACCCGCUUCCUCCAGGCCCUCCAUCAGCACGUCCUGGAUAACGGCUGGUCCGGCAUGGAGGAUGCGGCGGGAAGGCUGCGGGUCGGGCUGGGGCGAGGGACGGCGCAGAAGAUUGCGGAGGCUGUGGGGACGAGGAACGAGGCUCAGGUGCGGUCACAUGCGCAGAAGUAUUUCCAGAAGACGGAAGAAUCCAAGUCACUCCUUAAUGCCUUUGCGGGCAGCCGAAGAUCGGCAGCAGCAGCAAUUGGAGAUGGAGGAGAAUCACCAGAUGCAUCAGCGACUGGCUCGAGCGAAACCCUCGAGCGACCGAUUAAGAAGGUGAAGGGCAACGCAGCAGAAACCGGAGUUGAAGGCAGCGAGAGGGUAGAUUUCUCGCUUGGGAUAGCUCAACCUCCUGCAGUAGGGACCCUUGUGCAGGCGCCAGGGUCCUUGUCUCCGGCAGCGGAUGCGUCAGCAGCUCUGAAAGCUCUGGAGGCAGCUCUUGGCAUUCAUGCAGACUAUAGGAUUGUAAAGGUCUACAUCCCAAGGUCGAGCAUUAAGAUCGAUGGUGCCAAGGAGAAAGUCAAGGCAGUGCUAGUGGCCAUGCGGCAGUGCGGGUGUGAUCAGAGGGUGCUGAGAGCCGGGCUGAAGCUACUGGCUAUUUACGAAUGGAAGAAGGAGGAGAAGGAGGAGCUCCUCAAGGACGGGGGUGUAGCCGUUGUGAUGGGGGCCAUGAGGGAGCACAAGAAGAACGGGAGGCUGCAAGAAGCAGGGAUGGAAGUGCUUUUGCAGCUGCUCGGAUACGUCGAGACAAUCAAAUACCCCAGCAAGCAUGCCGUGAGAGCAUACAAGGCUUCAUGGAAGCUUGAGCAAGAUAAGCUGCAGCUGCUCGGGCCUAUCUUGCGCAGUGAGCGAGCACGAAGGGAGAUCCUGACAGCCGGAGGGGUGGAGGAAGUGACAAGCUGUCUCAGCGAGCACCGGACUGAUAGAGAUGUGGUAGAGACCGGGCUGACGGCGUUAGGCAUGAUGGUGCUGGAAGGAGAAGGGCUGAAGAGAGCUUGCGCAGCAGGAGGAGUCGAGCUGGUCCUGGGAGCCAUACGUGACCACAGCACGGAUGUCGACAUUCAACGAGCAGGGCUCAUGGCUCUCUCGAAGCUGCUGAGGAAGGAGAGGGAGCGGGAGAGGAUGCGGAGAGGGGGAGGGGUGGAGGUGGUGAUGAAGGCCAUGCGGGAGCUUAUGGGGGAGGAGGAGGUGAGGCUAGCGGGGCUGAAGGUACUGGGGAUGCUGUUGGAGGAGGAGGAGGGGCGGAGGGAGAUCAAGGAGGCUGGAGGGGUGGAGGCAUUCGUCAGGUGCUUAGAGCCCUGCAACAAGUCCAGCGGCUCUUCAAAGGACAUGCAAGAGGCCUUGUUUGCUCUGAGCUACCUUGUCACGGAGAACAAGAUGCGGACAGGUGGAGAGGUAGAGAUGCUCAUACGAUGUUUGCGGGAAUUCCAGGGAGACCGGAGGGUGGUGUUGGCAGGACUAGAGGUACUGAAUGCGAUAUCGUGGACCAUGGAUGGACGGAGGGAGGUUCUUGCAGCAGGGGGGCUGGAGUUGAUGGCUGAAACCAUGCAUGCCCAUGGAGAUGUCCUUUACAAGGAGUGGUGGGGGUGUUGUUUGUUAUCUACACUCUUCGACGCACCAGAGGUGAAGAUAGAAGAGCUGUUUAGAUCAGGGCUGCUGAGGGCAGUGAUCAGUACUGUAGGGGUAACAUGCGAGAUGAACACAUCUCCUCUUUAUGAUCAAGGAAUUUCAAUACUCUGUAGUCUUGAAAAAAUCUUGCAAGCGAAGGAGGGGCAGAGAGCAUUUGUGGCAGCCGGGGGGAUAGAGACGGUUGCAAAGGUUUUCAUGCAUCCUGAUCAAAAUGGAACGAGGCGGGAUAUUGCUCUGGACUCGCUUAUGAAGAUCUGCGAAGAUAAAGAAGCAUGCAGGAAGGUAGUGGAAGCAGUUGUUGUCGAGGCAGCAUCGAAUGCGCUCCAGGACCCGUUGAACAACUCGCAGCAAAAUGUUUCGAAUCAUCAUUCUCCCAGUCUUCUGAAGUUUUUCACCACCAGAACGAGUAUUAGGCAUGGAUCCAAUUUUGAGGCGGUGCUCGAUGCCAUGCGCGAGUACACAGCAGACGGUCAGGUGCAGUGGGCAGGGCUGCAGACAAUGGUAGAGAAAGUAGAUGACACUGACAGUGAGGGGAAGGUCUGCGCAGCAGGAGGAGUCGAGCUGGUCCUGGGAGCCAUACGGGACCACAGCACGGAUGUCGACAUUCAACGAGCAGGGAUCAUGGCUCUCUCGAAGCUGCUGAGGAAGGAGAGGGAGCGGGAGAGGAUGCGGAGAGGGGGAGGGGUGGAGGUGGUGAUGAAGGCCAUGCGGGAGCUUAUGGGGGAGGAGGAGGUGAGGCUAGCGGGGCUGAAGGUACUGGGGAUGCUGUUGGAGGAGGAGGAGGGGCGGAGGGAGAUCAAGGAGGCCGGAGGGGUGGAGAUAGCUCUGGAGGCACUAGAUUACGACCAUGAAGAUGAGAGGCGGGCAGCUCUACUGCUGCUGAGCUGCCUUGCAAGUGACGAAAGGAACCGACCGGCAGGGGACUUAUGGUGGAUGGCUGAAGUUAUCAGGAGCGAGAUAGAGAUGAAUGUCUUCGAGCAAGCUGAGUUUGUAAAGGCAGCGUUCGGAGCCAUGCGUGAGCAUCCUCGAGACCUGGCAGUGCAGCGAGCAGGGUUGAAGGAGCUGUACAACUACGACUACCUUGAUAUUAAUCGGGUUGGGCUGAGAGCUCUGAAAGCAGCACAAGUGGUGGAGACAGUAGUGAAGGCAAUCAUGAAGUUCAAAGAUGAACCAACGGUCCAGAGAAGAAGCUUUGAGUUGCUUGCUUCAUUCUCCAAAUGCGAGGAGGGGCGGCAGCAGAUCCUUGCCGGAGGAGGCGUCAAAGGAGUAAUCGACAUAUUGCAGCAACACUCGGAUCUGUACAAAGACACUUACCGGUCAGGAAUCGAAUUUCUGGAGAACAUGUCAAAGGAUGCCCAAGGACGUAAGGAGAUCUACGCGCAGAAGGGAGUGAGGGCAGCGGUUUCGGCGAUGCUCAAACUGGAGCUUUCACGCGGAAGUAACAAUUUGGGGAUGGGUUUGAUUGGAGACCUGUUGCUUAACCGAGAGGGGUGGAGAGAGGUGCUAGCUACUGGGGGAGGGGGCAGAGUGGCAGUGGCCAAGAUCUUACAACUUUUGAAUGAUCAGAGUCAUCGAGGUCGAGGGCUGGACUUGCUUGCAAAGAUAUCAAGCGACGAUCAAGCGCGAAGUGAGAUGCGCGAGGCUGGAGCUGUUGAUGUGUGGUUGCCUUGUUACCUGGAUAUCUUGGCCAGCUUUUUCGCGUCUCAAAACGCCUUCAAGCUCCUCAGUAGCCUGGCAACCGACGAGAGGAACCGAUCCGAGGACGACGUUCUCGCUGUCACGGGAGGCAUGCGAGAGUGCAGGGGCAACGGGGUCUUGCAGGAGGCCGGGCUUGCUGUGCUGUAUGGCAUGGCCAGUAAGAUGCAAGAUCAAGGCAGGAGGAUCCGACUAGCAGGAGGGGUGGAGGUAGUGCUGGCUGCCAUGAGAGAACACAGGGCAGACAUUAGGAUCAUGGAACUAGGGCUUCAACUGCUUGUAACAAUGUCAGAGGAAGAGGAGGGGCGGAGAGAGAUCUUGGCAGCAAGGGGGCAGGAGACUGUGCUUCUGGCAAUGAAGGGACAGCUGGCAAGAGGACAGGCACACCAGCCGCAAAAGCGUCGACUGUCUGACGGAAUUCUCGGCGUUUUGUACGAAUGCGGCGAGAAAAAAGUGCAGAAGGGAGGGCUUCAGUUGCUCCAGAGAAUCGCUCUCUCAGAGCAGGGAAGGAAGGAGAUCCGAGCAGCAAGAGGGGUCGAGGCGGCUGCGACGGCCAUGCGGAAGUUCUCAGAGGAAAGAGAGAUACAGCAACACGGGCUUGCGCUGCUGCGACUGCUAUCGGAGGAGGGUGUGCGAGCAAUCCAGGCUGCAGGAGGGGUCGAGGCUGCUCUCAGUGCGAUGAAGCACGAGUCAAACUCUGACGUCCUUGAAGCCGGAAUGAGGUUGUUGGAGAUUAUCGCGCGUGAGGAGGAAGGGCGGACGGAGAUCAGGGCAGCCGGAGGAGUCUCGGCCGUGGUGGCAGCGAUACGAAGAGAGGGGAUAGAUCGGCAGACUGAGCGAGCAGGCCUGGAGGUGCUGGGACAUCUUGUGAAGGAGGAGGAAGGGGAGAGGGAGGUACUCGAGGCAGGAGGAGUGGAGGCGGCGAUGAGUCUCAAGUGCUGGACCAUGACGGAGAAGUCUGACUUGCUGGCAGGUGGAAAGGGGCAAGGCAAGAAGUUCUGUGGUUUUGCUCUUUCAAGUGGCAACAGGCACGAUACAAACAUUGCAUGGAUUCUCAUCACUUUGAGAUUUGAUGGAGAAUAUCGUAUCAGGAAGAGGAGCAUCUAG